AUUAAAGGUUCAUAUCAUUCAUAAUAUGCUGUAGAAUGAUUUUAAAAUAGAUGAAAACAUCAAUUAAGAAGAAAAAGAUAAAUGUUUUAUUUGUGGAAUUUAAUUUAAAAUAAGUGAACUUAAAGAACAUCAAUCUCAUUGCUUGGACAAUUUUUCGAAUACUAAAUAAGAAUAUAUAGACAAUUAACUAGCAAAAUUAAUUGCAGAAUAGAAUUUUAUUUCAACUAUCUUUUCAGAUAAAAAGUCAUCAUAGAUUGAAGGAUAUCGUUUAAAUUCUUCCAUUAAAUAAAAAGAAAUUAUGAUAGAUGAUAAUUAAUUUGAAAAGAAUUUAGAAUCUUAAAUACUAAAGUAGGACUAUCUUUAAAGUUAAAUAUUAAUUCAGAAUAAAAACUCUGUAAUAUUAUUUCUUAUAUUUUUAGAAUUUUUAAUUAGAUUAAUUAUAAGAGCAAAUAUCGUAAAUCUAAUUAUAGGAAUAAUAAUAAUAGUAAUAGUAAUAAUAGUAAUAAUAAUAAUAAUAAUAAUAAUAAUAAUAAUAAUAGUAAUAGUAAUUAUAAUAGUAAUAAUAAUAAUAAUAAUAGUAAUAAUAAUAAUAAUAAUAAUAAUAGUAAUAAUAAUAAUAAUAGCAAUAAUCAAAAAAUAAAAAAUAAUAAUCAGAAAUUAUUAUUAAUUAGAAUCAUUAAAAUAGUUCUUCACUAAAACCUUAAAAUAAAUAAUUCUUUUCUUAAAUUUAGAAAAUCUAGAAUAACAAUUAUUAAUCAGAAAUUAUAUAAAAUGUGUUAAAAGUAGAGGAAUUUCAAAUUAAAGAUUAGGAUAGUUAUGAAGAUAUAGAAUAAAUGAACUUAAAUAUAGAACCUCAAUUAUAUAGAUAAUAGUUAUGUGAUAAUGAUGAAAGACAAGAGGAAGGUGAAAAAAAUAUUUAAUCUCCUAAUAUAUAAUAAUCUGGAGAGAACAGUGAAUAAGAAAUUUAAUCUGGAGAGGAAAAUAAAUAAGUAAAUUAAUUGGAAGAAGAAAAAUAGAUUAAAUAAAACGAGGAUGAUGUAAAUAAUUAGGAAUAACAUCAUUAACCAGAAAUAUUUUCUUUUAUUUAAAUAAAAUAAAAUUAAAUAUUUUAAAUAAAAACAGAGCCAUAAUUGUAAUAGAAUGAAUAAAAGUUAAAAAUAAAUUAGGAUAAAGAAAUAAAUAAUAAUCAAAGAAAUGUUAUGAAGUAAUAGUAGUAAUAAUAACACAUAGUAAAAUAGUUAGUAUAGAAAAAAAAAAAACCUUUUAAAUUUGAGCCAGGUAUGAGACUUACAAAUGAAUAAGUUAAUAAAUUAACUCAAGAAGAAUUAUAUGAGUAUUUUACUUCAGUAGAUUUAGAAGAAUAAAUUGGAUAUUAAAGUAAAAUCUUUUAGUUAGAUAAAAAAAAAGUUUAAAUAAAUCAAAUAGAUAAUUGUAUGAUUUGUUUAGAUGAUAUAUUACCUUCUAAAGAAAAAUUAGAUAUAAAAUUAGAUUGUUAACAUUAGUUUCAUUACGAUUGUAUUAAAAAAUGGCUUUAAAAAUAAAAAUAUUGUCCCAUUUGUAAAGAUUAUGUUGAUUUGAACUUAGUUUGA